UCUACUUCUGCGGGUAUUUGUACAUCCUGCGAAACUUUUUAACGUCCUCCUCCUCUUUGAUUCCAAUUCAUAUAAAUUCCACUAAACCCACCUAGAAUCUAAACUGGACCCUUUGUCUUGCUAUGAACGUGGAAGACAACAUUUCUGCUUUUUUGGAAAGUUGGAAAUUCUCUAAAACAUUUUUACAACAUUUUUCUUAAAUUGUUUUUUGUCCCAGCAGCUUGUGAGAUGGACUGAGAUUUUUUUCGCUUUAGUUUACCCUGAACCGUCCGCCCACCUGAGUGCUUUAUGAGUGAUGGUUAUCUCUCAGUUUUAGAUUGGGUCUUGCUCUCUCUCUGUGUGUGCAUACAGUGGGUCUUCACACGUCGCGAAACAGCAUCUUCUCAUCUGGAUGUUGAGUUGUCAUCUCUUUUGCGGGUCGAGACAGCCUGGACAUGGUUCAGGGUGGUGUUAAGUAUCCCUCGGUUUUCACAGUGGACGGUGGCAUGAGACCCCCUCCGCUGCCCCCCAAGCCUGGCCGUAGGCAAAGGAGCGGGGUGGUCCAGACACUGCUGGUGAUCUUGGUCUCUGUAGCUCUGUUUGGCAUGCUGGUGGAGGCUUGUUUAAUCUACAAUCUUUACAUAUCCAAAGAAAAUACCCUUUCGGAUGCUCCAAAGACCGAGAUGAGAAAACAAGAAAAGGAAGAGGCAACGAUCUCCAAAGCGAAACCAAGAGGACAAAUGAACCCACCAAAACCAAUGGCACAUCUGAAUACUGGUCGACAUCCUGAUCAUACCGGAGCAGCAGAUAUCGUGCUGUGGACCAUCAGUCAGGAAUCUAUACUGUACCACGUAAAACACAAAGUAAAUGAGGGAAAACUCAUCAUACAGAAGGAAGGAUACUAUUCGGUCUACUCCAAGGUCCACUUCAAGGAGAACAGCACCUCUUUCAGCCACUCUGUCCUCCGGAUUUCACCUCGCUACCCCGGUGAGAUCCUGCUUCUCCAGUCUAGCAGGUUGCAUCCUAAACCCAUGAGACCAGGAACCCUGGACAACAGCUAUCUCAGCGGAGUCUUUCAUCUGUUCGAAGGUGAUGCGCUUUUCGUCAGGGUGAAAAACUGUAUGAUUGUGUUGUCAAAUUCGGCUGAGAACUACUUUGGUGUUUUCAUGGUUUAGACCAGGGGUCCCUCAGAAGGGUACAAGGGGUCCCCAAAAAUGAAAAAACAAAAAGUGUAUGGCAAUUAUUUAAGUUUGUAAACAGUUUGCUGUCUUUAUAAUACAUUCUUUAUUAAAAGACAUGGAUAUAUAUUAGGAAUGGGGUCCCUCUGGAUUUAUCAUAUGUGAGGGGUCCCUACCAUCAGAAAGCUUGACUACCAUGAUUCAGAGACCAACUGUACAGAAAAACAAGCACAUGGGUGAAUUUGAUGA